AAAGACGCCGCACACCCAAAAUGGCUGACAAAUUACCUUGGGGGAUGAAGGGGGAUAGAUUAACCCCCGGAUCAACCAAAGCAAUAUCAGAAAGUAAACUAAAGAUGUUUGAGAUUGGAAAUAUGAAUUUGAAGAAAACACUCACAAAGAAAGAACAAGAAGAAUUACGCAAAAAGCGAGAUGAAGAAGCGACGGCUCAAGUGUACCGGGAAUUUGUUGCCUCGUUUGAGGACUCCCACAAACACGCGGGCGGCAAGACGUGGGUGAAGGGAGGAACAGUGAAUGCUGACAAAGUAGGUGAUGCAAAGCAGGAGAAGGGUAAGCUGUAUCGACCGACAUCGAAGCUGGCCGAACUCGCAUCAACAUUCCAGUCGAACAAGGAGCCGCGCAGUCAGGAUGAAGACAGCCCAAGUCACAGAUUGGCUGCUGCGAAAUCGGCCAAAAAGAAGAUGGAUGAGAAGAAGAAGAGUAAUCUUGAAUUAUUCAAAGAAGAGCUCAAACAAAUUCAGGAGGAGAGACAAGAGCGACACAAGCUGAAGAGAGCUUUCCGCAGCAUUUCUCAGCAGAAUCCGACAGUUAACGUUCCAGACAUCCCCGACGUUGACCCCAUGGAUGUUGGUCCACCCUCUCUUAAAGGUCCAGGAGAUCGUGGUGCACCCGGAUCAUGGGGAGACCCUGGCGAUGAGAACACAACAAACAUAUACGUAGGAAACAUCAACCCUAAGAUGACAGAACAACAGCUGUGUGAAGUGUUUGGAAAGGACGGACCACUUGCCAGCGUUAAGAUCAUGUGGCCACGCACAGAUGAAGAGCGAUCAAGGGGACGUAACUGUGGUUUUGUCGCCUUCAUGAACCGAAAAGAUGGAGAACGUGCCAUGUCGUCACUGAAAGGGAGAGAUGUGAUGGGCUUUGAAAUGAAGUUAGGUUGGGGGAAGGCGGUGCCUAUCCCGCCCCACCCUGUUUAUAUUCCACCCGCCUUGCUGGAGGUGACCCAGCCACCCCCUCCGUCAGGUCUGCCCUUCAAUGCUCAGCAGCAGAGGAGAAGUCGCCAUCAUGACAAGGCUCGUAUUGAGAAGCUGUACGACAGUCCGAGGUCAAGUGUCAACGGAGGACGCGAGGAGCAGGCAGACUUGGAAAAGACCUUAGCCAGUGCUGUUGUCAAAGUGGUUAUCCCCACGGAAAGAAACAUGUUGGCGUUGAUACAUCGAAUGGUUGAGUUUGUGGUUCGCGAGGGCCCCAUGUUUGAAGCAAUGAUAAUGAAUAAGGAAUUAAAUAACCCAAUGUUCAGAUUCCUGUUCGACAACCAGUCUGCAUCACACACAUAUUACCGGUGGAAGCUCUUCUCCAUACUACAGGGUGACUCCCCAUACAAAUGGAGAAUGGAGGAGUUUCAGAUGUUCAAGGGAGGGUCUAUAUGGCGACCCCCACCCCUCAAUCCUUACACUCAAGGCAUGCCCGAAGAGCUGGUUGAUAGAUCGACACAUUUUCCACUAGUGGACUCCAUGAAAAAAGGCCAGCUCACUGACAGUCAGCGUGACCGCUUGGAAGACAUGCUGCGUGAACUGACGCCCGAGAGACCGAAGAUCGGAGAUGUGAUGGUGUGGUGUCUGGACCACGCGGAAUCCGCUGAGGAGGUCGUAGAGUGCAUUGCCGAGUCCCUGUCCAUCCUACAGACCCCUCUACCAAAGAAGAUUGCCCGAUUAUUUCUUGUGUCUGACAUCCUCUUCAACAGCAGUGCUAAAGUUGCCAAUGCUUCAUACUACAGAAAGUUUUUCCAAGUUCACCUUCCCACUGUGUUCAAAGACAUUCAUGAAACAUAUGAAGCUAUUGAUGGUCGGUUGAAAGCAGAACAGUUUAAGCAAAAAGUGAUGUCGUGUUUCCGUGCGUGGGAGGAUUGGGCGGUGUACCCGAAUGAAUUCCUUAUCAAAAUGCAGAACGUUUUCCUCGGAUUGCUACCCACAAAACCAGAGAUGAUGGAGGCAGUUGUUGACAAACCAGACGACGACUUGGAUGGGGCUCCUAUUGAAGACUUGGAUGGACUACCCAUUAAGGAGCCUGACUUCGAUGGGAAACCCAUAGAAGACUUUGAUGGGGAACCCCUACCAGAUGAUCUAGAUGGAACACCGAUUGACAAGACUGUUGAGCCGGAUGUAAAACCCAGUGAUGUGGCUGUGGUGCUGCCGAGAUUCUCUCGUUCUAAGUGGGAAUCUGUCGACGAAGCUGAACUCGAGGCUCAAGCUGUGACCACAUCGAAGUGGGAUAAACUGGAUCAGCCGGAUGAAGAGGAGAAAGGUCCAUCAGAGGAUAUAGAUGGAGCUCCAAUGGAGGAGUCCCGAUCUCAGGGUUCGGAUUCAUCGGAGGACAGUGAAGGGGAGAUAACUUCGGAGACGACUCCACAACGACAGGAGAUGACGGAAGAGAGACGUGCAAAACUGAGAGAAAUAGAGGUUAAGGUAAUGAAAUACCAGGAUGAGGUAGAGGCAGGCAAACGAUCGCGUAAACCCAACAUGUCCUUGUUACAACAGGUCGAACACUAUCGCCAAAAACUGUUGGCUAAGGACUCUUAUGAGGGACGGUCGUCAAGGAAACGUCACAGGUCAAGAUCACCGUCUCCACCAUUGUCAUACAGGUCAUUAUCAGGAAGUCCUAAGAGAUCACGCAAGGUCAAAAGCCCGAAGAGGUCUCGAGUUUCACGAUCACCUAAGAAAUCCCCAUCCAGAAGUCCUAGCCGCCAUCGACACAAGCACAAGAAAAACAAGUACAGAGACUGAAAACAAGUGUUAUAAUCCAGUGCUGUACGAGUGGAUAUUUAUCUUACAUGUGUGAGACGUGAGGACAAGUGUGCUACUGUGAGUGCCAUGUGUAAUCAUUCUGCAUUAUGUGGGUGGGCUUCACCCAGCUGGAUCCAGGAACUGUUGGGGUAAGGGAGGACUAAGGGGACACUUGGACCAACUCAUGAAAAGAGCAACUCAUUGAAAGAUUUUUAAAAAAAAAGAAAAAAAGAGCUGCUUGAUGCCCCUCCCCUUGGAUCCUUCCCUGGAUUCAGGUAAUACAAACCAGGUGCUUCAGAAUCAGCAUUGCUUUGACAAAUCUGUGUCUGUGUAUAUGUGUAUACACAAACUGGGUAUUAACACAUGUACAGCUCUCAUAAGGUAUUAAUGAAUCAGGUCAGGUCAGGUCAGGUCAGGUCAGAGGGUUUUAUGUGCACAUUCAGAGCAAGCUGUUGUAGCUCGCGCCUGUCAUGGACGCAGGUGCCGCCCAUGGCCGGCACAUGUCUAGGACAGGAAAGGGUUGGGGAUGGGUGGGUGGGAGAAGGGACCGCCUGCACUGGCAGGUGUAAGAGAGCAUUAGCAGCCCGACUGGAUAAUGAAUUUAUCAUUUUCACUUUUAAUGAGUGCGAAUAACUGUGCUCUUGCAUACCCGUUGAUGGGUAAGACAAUUUGUUGAAUGAACCGCACUUCUACUGCAACACUGUUUAUUGUGAGAAGAUUGAUUUUCCCAUCUGUGACAUUAUGAGGACUGAUUUUUUACACUUCUCUGUUUUUCUAAAGAUAAAAAGUCUGAUGUACAUCA